UCACGGGAAGUGCGAGAGGACCGAGGGGCGGACGUGGCCAAGAACACACAAAGUUAUAUAAUUUCGUACAGACAUUUUGUGGACGGAUUUGUUUGGGUUCUGAAUUCAAUCCUCCGCGGCUUAUCAAGCUUCUCGAGGAUGGCAGAAUCGAGCGGCAGAUAUCAGCAGUUGUCCAAUGAAGAGGAACCAGAAGAGGGAGCUCAGGUGGCUAAUGAUGCUCCGCCCCCUUACAGCAGCAUCGCAUCGGAUAAUGCAGCAUAUUUUGAUUACAAAGAUGAUUCUGCAUUCCCCAACCCUCCCUCUUAUAACGUAGCCACAUCACUGCCAUCAUAUGACGAGGCUGAGAGAAGCAAGGCAGAAGCUUCUGUCCCUCUGGUGGCAGGACGAGAUGAGGACUUUGUGGCCAGGGAUGACUUUGAGGACGCAGACCAGUUGCGAAUAGGCAAUGAUGGCAUUUUCAUGUUGACUUUCUUCAUGGCAUUCCUCUUCAACUGGAUUGGCUUCUUCCUGUCGUUCUGCCUCACCACCUCGGCGGCCGGCCGUUACGGCGCCAUCUCCGGCUUCGGCCUGUCCCUCAUCAAGUGGAUCCUGAUUGUCCGGUUUUCUACAUACUUUCCUGGCUAUUUUGAUGGCCAGUAUUGGCUGUGGUGGGUGUUCCUGGUUCUUGGUUUCCUGCUCUUCCUCAGGGGCUUCAUCAACUAUGCCAAGAUUCGCAAAAUGGCAGACUCCUUUUCUACUCUCCCUCGAACAAGAGUUCUCUUCAUCUAUUAAAGGUUCAUGUUCUGGAGCCUCUGUAGCUGCUUACUGGAAACUGAUCCUGGAUUUCUGGCCGGCGCUGAGCCACGAACACAGUGGGGGAUGCAUAUUUAAAGAAAAAGAAAGAAAAAUAAAAACUCUUCCAUCUGUAAUCUACAAAUCUCAAAGGAAGGCCGACGUUUUCUUUCGGCAUGAUGGAAGGGCAGUGAUUUUACCAUUUAUUAUUUUUUUCCCACCCUCCCCGUUUUGAAUAGUGCCGCUCUGUGGGCAGUCAGCGAUAAACUCUUUCUAUGUUUCUAGUUGUAAACUUGUGGAUGCUGAAAACUCUGUAACAAAAAUCAUUAGUGGUUUGACGUCAAGUGCGUUUUGCAAUCAAGUCCGUGAUAUGUAUGUUAAUGCCUUAUGAUAUAUUUGUAGUAAUGGCAUGCACUGUGCCCUGUUAACCAACAGGGGGCAGUCUUGUUUUUCUUUUCUUUUCCCCCCUUCGAUGACGUUUGACAUUGAAACAGCCAGCCACUGUUGGUCACCAUUCACAAGUAUCCUUUCCUUUUUGUGAAUGGCAACAUUGGAUGAAUUGAAUUUAAAGCAGCGCUUUUCUUUCUCUCUCUCUCUCUCUCUCUCUCGCUUUCUCUCUUGCUCUCUCUCUCUCUCUCUACAUGACAUGAAAUUAAAGUUGCUCUUUUUAAGAUGUUACAUUUGAUGUGGUUCAAGCAGUAUGUGCUUUUAUUGUCUGUAUAUUUAUUUUAAACACGAGAAAAGGCCUAUAAACCCUCCAGCAAAUGUUGGAGUGCAUAUUAUGGAAUGCUUUGUACAUAUGUUCUACAGGCAUGGUAAAUGAGAUUAGAGCUCAAAAUACUGUACGCUGUAAAUACUCUUUCUUUAUUUAAGUUGGGGCCCAUAUCGUCCUUCAUCAAAGGGAUACCUUCAGAGCACACUUUGAAUAAUGGGCCUGGUUAGUGGGACAGAUAUGGGCUUUUUUUGUUUUCCUUUUUUUUUUUGACAGUAUGAAGGAAUGUGCAUCAAAGCCCAUGUUUGGUUCGGUAAGGAGAACAAGCAGGAGCACACUUUUCCCCUUCCUCUCUCUCUUUCCCCUGCAGUGAAGAAAACCCCCGCAUGCCCUGUUUUUGCCAUCAGAGCAGGCUAAGCAGUUUCCUCCCAUGCCAUUCUUUCUUCAAGCACUGUGUAAUUGAGUUCUCCUUUGAUUAGGUGAAUGCACCCUCAUUCGGGACACAUCUCCCACCUUUUUUGAACAUGGCCACCGUAGGGGCCUGUUUGAUCUCCUGCGGUUUAAUCGUGCACUGUAUGUGUGUGUGUGUGUGUGUGUGUGUGUGUGUGUGUGUGUGUGUGUGUGCGUGACUUGUCUGCUCUUGUCACAGAGGGGGAUCAUCUGUGGAGCAGGAAGCGGCUCUUUUGUACCCUUUGUUUUUCCCCAAACAGCUUUGCGGACAGCCUUUGAAUGCAGAUGGAUGUACACGUGUACACGCUUGUAAAUAAGACGUUGCUAUUAAAGUCUCUGGUGUUGCAACU